GUGGUCUGGAACCGAACCUGCAGUAUCUCCGAGGCUGCCUGGGUUUGAAUCCUGGCUCUGUCACUUCCUAGCUGUAAAAGCCUUUGAGAAGAUCCUUGAACUCCAUGCCUCAGUUUCACAUAUAUGGAGUGGGAUAAUAGUGCCUAUGGCACAAGGAUGUCAUGAGGAAUAAAUGAGUUUUAAAGCAUCAAAUGGAAUCAAUUUACAUUAAAAAAUUAGACCAAUACAAAGACUUGAUAUUGAGGAAUGACGAGCAAUGUCCAUCUAAUGAAGAAAAGCUCUUGUGUUAUAAUGGGGAAGUCCUUCUUUUUCGACUGUCUAAAGGAAGUUUUGCAGAUGAAGGGCCUGCAGAAAUACCCGUAUUGCAUGUCAGAAGAAUGGCAUUUGAUAGAAGAACAACAGCAUUUGUUCAGAAGUCCGCUGGAUUCUUUAGCAUAAAGGGGGAAAACUCUUCUUUAAAAAUUAUGUGUUGCAACUGUGUGUUGGAUUUCAGGACUGGAAUGAACCUCCCUUAUGUUGUGAUACAAUGCAAUGAAAAGAAUAAUGUUUCCAAGUAUUUUCUACUAUUUCUUCACAGUACCAAUACAUUUGAAAAGUGUUUGAGUUUUAAACUAGGCCAUGAGUUGAAGGACGGCAUCAGGGUCUUUAAUGGCCCUUUAAUUAUAUGGAAACAUGUUGAAACAUUCUUCUGUAUCUCUCCCCAAACUGGCAAAGUUGUUACUGUGUCUGUUAACUUUUCCUCUAUUGAGUGGGCAGGAGAGAUUGAAAAUCUAGGUAUGGUUUUAUUAGGACAAAAGCAAUGCUGUUUAUCUGAGGAAGAAUGCACCCCAAAGCCUUCAAAAUCAGAUUAUGCAUUUUGGAAUACCAAGUUUUGUGUAUACUCCCUUGAGCGUGAAGAUGUUGUAAGUGAUACAUACAUUAUCCCUCCUGCUUAUAGCAGUGUGAUAACUUGUGUGCAUGUCUAUGCAACUGAGAUUGUCAACAACCAGCUAAGAAUGUCUCUGAUUGCCCUUACUCGAAAGGAUCAGCUGAUUUCAUUCCAGAAUGGGGCUCCUAAAAGUGUGUGCCAGCUUCCAUUUGCAGAUCCUUAUGCAGUUCAACUUAUGGAUUCAGGUGGAGACCGCCUUUUCCUUGUGUCCUUUGGGUCCAGUCAUGCUUGUGCUGUUUGGGAAAAGAACUUUCAGAUUGCUGCUAAAUGGGAAAAAAUUAGCUCAGCACUGAUAGAUGACUUUAUUGGAACUGGAAGUGAACAAGUACUGCUACUUUUUAAGGACUCCUUAAAUUCAGAUUGCCUGAGUUCAUUUAAAAUAACAGAUCUUGACAACAUAAACUAUUCAAGUGAAACAUUGGAUUGCAAUGAAGAUGAUUUAUUUGAAGACAAAGAAGACAAUCGUUAUUUGGUGAUUCCAGCUCUGGAAAGAAGACUGAAAGUUGGUGUCUAUGUUUGCUUUUUGCUUUUGCUUUUUUGGAUUAGUGCUAUUUUAAAUGAAGAAAGGACACUGAAAGAAAGGUCCAUAAAGUAUAAGCAAUUCGAUGACUGGGAAAAAUGCUAUUUAAAGGAUCUUUACCUUUCUGGUAUCUCUGAAUGUUUUGUUACUCUUUGUGGUAAAGAAGAAAAUCCUGUCCAUACUUUUGACGAAAAGUUAUCAGACAAGUCUCAAGAUUCAGAACAGCUAGUAGAGAAGAUGUGGUAUCGUGUCAUAGAUGAUAGCUUGGUUGUUGGAGUGAAAACCACGUCUUCUUUGAAGCUGUCCCAGAACCAGGUGACUUUAUCGGUGUUAAUGGAUCCAGCCCAUAGCUCCAGCUUUCAGCUUAUUAAGUGUCAAAAUAGGGUGACCAAGUUGACUAGGAACUCUUUUCCAGCACUGCGCUCAGUGCCAUAUGAAAUAGGACCAGAGGUGAAAAGGAUCAAGUUGACUCUUGAUAGUGAGGAAGAGGAGAGUUUUGUCUGUGAACGGCCAGCUGAGAAGGAAUGUGUCCAGAUGAUUACUGCUGUAACACCUCUUUCGCCACUGUUAGCAUUGAGUCAUUUUUGUUGCAUUGUGCUGCUACAAAUUAGGAAGAGAGAACACGGUGACUGUUCUGAGCAUCGUUAUAUUCCGUGUGGCAGAAUUUCUUUAAGUCUGGAAGAUUUUUCAAGUGGGCAAUACCUAGUGACGUUUCCAAAGAAGUUUGUAGAACACAUGGAAGAGCUCUUUGCACUUCUCGCAGUAUUGCACAAAAGUUGUUUUCAAAUCACAUCACCCAGCUAUACCCUGACUUCAGUGAAGGAAUGGCUCUUAGAACACAUGAAAUGUGAAGUAAUCAAAGGAUUUCCAGAAAUUUGCUUUUGUAAAGGGCCAGAAAGUUUGUGUGGGACACUCUUCGACUGGAAACAAAGGACACCAUUUGAAGGGAUUUUAACAGUCUAUUCCAGGAAUCGAACAGUUUUGUUCCAGUGCCUUCAUAAUCUCAUCAAAGUUCUCCCUACGAACUGUUCCUUCAAAAAUCUAAACUUAGGAAGUGAGGAUUUCCUAACUGAUCAUUUGGCAUUAACUUUGGAGAAGGAAUUGGUUAUCCUGGGUUCUGUUUCUUCUGCCUUAGUUAAGGUUGAAAACAACUUGGUGCAAAGGUGUGAAGCAAGCAAAGAAAAGAGUAGUGACAUUCAGGCUGCUUUAUCAGGCAGAAAAAAAACCAUCCACCCCUACAGAGAAGAACUUCAGAGAGAAAAGCAAGCGUUGGGGACAAACCUAAAAGUGAGUGGUGCCCUUUAUAGAGAAAUGACUUUGAAAUUAGCUGAGGUUCAGCUGAAAUCAGACCUUGCUGCACAGAAACUAACUAGUUUAUAAUUAUAUCCUCAAUUUGAUUAGAUUUCAAAGUACGUUUUCCCUGCCAGAACAUUUUGGUUACACUUGUUUUCAUUUUACAUUAUAUGCCUCCUUUGUAAAAAUAAAAAUGGAGGCAUUUGGUAGACUCUUAGGGUUUUGAUGAUGCACAAAAUAAAUAGCAUGCAUUAGGGCAGCAGUUCUCAGCAGGGGUUCUUUUUCCUCCUCCAGCCUCCCCACCCCCACACCUGCCACUUCCCAGGGGCAUUUGGCUUGUCAGGGGACCUGUUUUGAUUGUCACAAGUAGUGAGGAGUGGAAGAGUGAGGCAGGGGUGCCAUUCGCAACUCUGUAAACAUCAAGCUCCUGUGGAACCUUAAACAGCGGAGUGUCUGGGUGGGACCAUUAAAAUGAAAGUAUUUGGAACCCUUGUUAAUUUAAAUUUUAUUAGAAAGCAUCUCUGAAAGUUAAGUC